AUGCUAUAUUCCAUGAUCACUAGCAAAAUAUCUAUAACUCUUUGUAUUGUAAAAUAUUCUUUAACACAUUUCAGCAAAUAUAUAGAAAUGUCUGUGCAUGCUUUAUAUCUUAGUGAAACAGAGAAUCAAUUAAAUAUUUCAUAUGUCAUAAUUACAAGACACAUUGCUAUUUCGCAUAGAAUAAUGAGUAUAAUGAAUUUUUGGUUGGAUGUAAUUUAG